AAUUUGUAUUGCUACCAAUCAAAUCAAAAUUCGUCAUUAUGAGUCUAUUCAUUUAGUCUAUGAGCCAAUUACCAAACAUUGCAGCCCAAUAGCCCAUUUUGAGAAACCUCAAAGGUUUUUACUUGUUUCCCUUAAAAAAUAAAAAUAAAAAAAUAAAUCAUCCAAGUUUUAUGUCUGCCACCCAAUCUUCAUAUUUAUAGGUCACACCCUUUUACACAAUUAUUAUUAUUAUUAUUAUUGUUUUUUUUUGGCCUCUUUGCCUCUCCAUACAAACUAAAAUAAACAAACCUUCUAGAAGAGCACAACAUGUAAAAGUCACGAGCGAAGCACAUGCCAUAGUCUACCAAAAACUCUGUACUACAAGUAUAAAUCUCACACCAAACUCUUUUGUCCCCAUAAAACUGUGAAAUAACACACUUCCACCACCAAUGUCGCCGCCACCGGCUAUCGGAGCAGCAGAGAAGAUGGCAGCGGUGAACGAGAUUUUGAAGGCUCAAAAGGCGAAGGGGCCUACAACUAUCAUGGCUAUAGGAACAGCAGUUCCACCUAACUGUCUGCAACAAAGCAUGUAUCCUGAUUACUACUUCCGUAUCACGAACAAUGAACAUAAAACUGAACUCAAACAGAAGUUCGAACGCAUGUGUGAAAAAUCAACGAUCCAGAAGCGCUAUAUGCACUUAACAGAAGAGCUCCUAAAACAAAACCCUAAAAUCUGCGCUUUCGAAGCGCCGUCUCUCGACGCCAGACAAAACAUUACGGUGGCCGAAGUCCCGAAGCUCGGAAAACAAGCCGCCGUCAACGCCGUCGCGGAAUGGGGCCGGCCGGUCUCCGACAUCACCCACCUGAUCUUCUGCACCAGCAGCGGCGUCGAUAUGCCUGGCGCCGACUACCGCCUCACCAAGCUCCUCGGCCUCCGCCCCUCCGUCAAGCGCUACAUGAUGUACCAGCAGGGCUGCUUCGCCGGCGCCACCGUCCUCCGCCUCCUCAAAGACCUCGCCGAAAACAACCGCUCCGCCCGGAUUCUCGCCGUCUGCUCCGAAAUCACCGCCGUCACCUUCCGCGGGCCGAGCGAUUCCCAUCUCGACAGCCUCGUCGGCCAAGCCCUGUUCGGCGACGGCGCCGCUGCGAUCAUUGCGGGCUCGGAUCCAGUUCCUGGGCUCGAGAGGCCCAUAUUCGAAAUCAUCUCUGCGGCCCAAACGAUUUUGCCCGAUAGCGAUGGGGCCAUCGAUGGCCAUUUGCGUGAAGUUGGGCUUACGUUUCACCUCCUCAAGGACGUUCCUGGGCUUGUGUCCAGUAACAUCGAGAGAAUUCUCGUCGAGGCCUUUGGGCCGUUGGGUCUUUCGGAUUGGAACUCGGUUUUUUGGAUCGCGCAUCCCGGUGGGCCGGCGAUUUUGGACCAAAUUGAGGCGAAAUUGGGCCUUGGGCCCGAUAAGUUGAGGUCAUCGAGGCACGUGCUUAGGGAGUACGGGAACAUGUCGAGCGCGUGCGUGUUGUUUAUUUUGGAUGAGAUGAGGAAGAAGUCCAAUGAAGAUGGGCUUAGGACCACAGGGGAAGGGCUCGAGUGGGGAGUGUUGUUUGGAUUUGGGCCUGGGCUCACUGUUGAAACUGUGGUGCUUCGUAGUGUGGCUUUUUAGAGGCCCAAAUCAUGGGCCUUAUGAUUAAAUGGGCUUUCCGUUUCGUUGGAGGUCCGUUUGCCAUUGGUGAUGGGACUUUCUUUAUCUAGAUUGGAACUUUAUAUUAUAUUUGAGGACUUUGUAUAUAUAUUAUAUAGUUACCAUUUGAAAAAUAUAUAUAAAAUAGUAA